ACUUCGGCAUUGAACGUAACGAACAGUUAGGAAUUUUGUAGAAUUUUAUAGGUUUUAUGAAAAGUGGAGUGGUUAUUUAGAGAACUUUUAAUAUUAGUUAGAAAUAAAUUAUUUACACGGAAUAGACGAAUCUCAUGUUGUCGAUUUUGAUGACGGAUAAAAUGUGUACAUAUUACACGGCGCUGUUUGGCCUGCUCGCGCUAUUAGUCAUCAUCAGCGAGGUGCUGCGCGCAUGGCGUGCACGCAAGUAUCCGCGCGGACCCUGGGGCCUGCCCAUACUUGGCUAUUUGCCAUUUCUCAAUAAGCGCGAACCAUACAAAACAUUAACGGAAUUAGCGAAGAGAUACGGUCCGGUCUAUUCGCUGCGGCUGGGCAAUGUGGAUGUGGUGGUGUUGGCCGAUGCGGCGUCGGUGCGGGAAUUCUUGAAGUGCGAGGAGUUCACCGCGCGCGCACCGCUCUAUGUAACGCACGGCAUAAUGGGUGGAUUCGGUCUCAUCUGCUCGGAAGGUGCGCUGUGGCGCAAUCAACGCAAGCAUGUCAUCGACUGGCUGAAAGACCUGGGCAUGACAAAAAAACAAGGCAACGCGCGUAAAUCAAUGGAGCAGAGAAUAAAGAGCGGCGUUAUAGAAUGCAUGAAGUCUUUCCGAGACGAUUCCAAGAAACAUUCGUCUUUCGAUCCACAACACGCGCUGCAGCACACAUUGGGCAACAUCAUCAACGACUUGGUGUUUGGCGUGAAAUACGCGCGCGAUGACGUCACGUGGAAAUAUUUGCUCCAGCUGCAGGAGAAGGGUCUCAAAUUAAUGGGCGUCUCAGGUGCAGUGAAUUUCCUGCCCUGGCUGCGAUUCCUGCCUUGGAACUUGCGCUCCAUACGUUUCCUACUCGACGGCAAGGCGCGCACACAUGAAAUUUACAAUAGCCUCAUUAAGAAGCGCGAGCAGACGUGGGAACAACGCAAAGCGGUGGGCGACGAGAAUUUCAAUAUAUUGGAUCAUUUCAUAGAUGAGCGCAUGCGUCGUGAGGAUUCCGAUAUUGCCGAAGAGCGUCUGUCCACCGACAUUUACUACACGCAGGAGCAGCUGCUGCAUCUGCUGGCGGAUAUGUUUGGCGCGGGGCUGGACACCACUUUGGCGACAAUGCGCUGGUUUUUGCUCUACAUGUGCAAGUACCAGGAGGUGCAGGAGCAGCUCAGAGCGGAACUUCUAAAAAUACCCGAUAACGAGUUCGACUUGGAACAUCUGGAGCAGUGUCACUUUUUGCGCGCUUGCAUCUCCGAAACACAGCGCAUACGUUCGGUGGUGCCGCUGGGUAUACCGCAUGGCGCUGUGGAGGAUUUCACCAUUCAGGGUUGUUUGAUACCUAAGAAUUGCAUGAUCAUUCCACUUCAGUGGGCUGCACAUAUGAGUCGCCUCAAGUGGAUCGAACCGGAAUUGUAUUGGCCCGGCCGGUUUUUGGAUGACAAUGACCAAUACUGCCAGCCUGCGGAUUUCAUACCAUUUCAGACGGGCAAACGCAUGUGCCCCGGCGAGGAACUCGCUCGCAUGAUGCUCUUCCUUUACGCCGGCUACAUAAUACGCGGCUUCUACAUACGCUUGUCGCAGGAGCACGAAAUCAUGAGUGUGCGCGGUGAAAAUGGCAUAACAUUGGUGCCGAAAUAUUAUGAAAUCGUCGCGACACCCAUGCGCAACAUGAAGGAUCUGGUCAAGGACGAUGACGUGGGCAUGUACAAAGCUGUAGCGGUGAAGAAGGACAUAAAAUCAAACACUAUUUAAGUUUAGUUUAU